AUGGCUCCAGUGGCCCCAGCCAUCACAGUUGCGCCCAAUGCUUCAGUGGUCAAUCCAACCACGCCUCCUGGGAUCAGGCUGCCAGGAGACAGCAGGACAACACCACAAUCUGCCAGCCCAACCACCAUGCACGGCCUUCAGAACAAUUGGAGCAGGAACCAGAGCCCCAUGUCCCUCUAUCAGGUCAGUGUGGUCAACCAGUGGUUGGAUUCUUCAAAAAAACUGAGUACAAAGCAGGAAGAAGUCUUCCAUAACUCAGUCAGGCAUGCAAUCGAACACUAUGGUAGCGCCGCCAACAUGGACAACGUUGCCGAGCUCGCUGCCGAAUCAUUCGAUCGAAUGCACUUCAACAUGAUGGGGCAGGGCAACGCUGGUCUCAGGGGUAGGCUGAGGCCCCAGCAUGCCAAAGCUUUGCUCAGACAGGGGGGUAUGCUGGUUCAGAUGGCCGCCAUCAAUCAACAUGCCACUGGAAAGAGAAAGGCUGCUCCGAAGCAAGGCGGUCUGACCAAAGCCAAGCUGUUGGACUCCUCCACAAGCUUCGCAGACAUGAAGAAUUGGUCCAGGGUCCUGGGAAAGUCCAUCAAAAAGACAAAGCCAGAGAUGAAAGAGGUUCUGCUGCAGUGCUUUGAGGGCCAGCCAGAAGGCCAUGUGUUCCACUCCCAUUAG